AUGGCCGAGAACGAUCCGAACGAUUCCAACAUUCCCGCGCUGCGCAAUGGCGGAGUCCUUUCCCAGGCGGACAAGAUAGGACCUAAGCUGGUCGGUAAAACAGAGAAGUUGGAGGAGAAAUAUCGCGGAAACACGGGAACGGAUUCCGAGAAGAAAGAGAAGAACGGUCCUGCUGGCGGGUACGAUGACACGCCUCUACCCAGGGCACCCCCCGGGUACACUCUCAAGAUCACAUUCCACAAGGCCGAGAAUCUACCAUUUUCCGACUUUGGCACUCUGUCAUCGGAUCCCUAUGUCCUGGCGGUUCUGCGAACAGAUCUUCCCAAGAGGCACAAGCAGGAUCCUGAUCUCAAGUUGAGGACACCCACAAUCCAUCGCAACACGGACCCGGAAUGGGAAACCGAGUGGAUUGUUGGCAACAUCCCAGCCAGUGGCUUCCAUCUCAAGUGCAGAUUAUACGACGAGGAUCCGUCGGAUUACGAUGAUCGACUGGGAAAUGUUCACAUUGAUGUUCCACGUGUCGACGAGAGCUGGAAAGGGUUCUCCCACCAGAAGUUCCAAUUGAAGAAGCGCAUGGGGAGCAAACGAGCAUAUACUUUGCGUGGGUGCGCCGCCUUGAUCUCGCGCAAAGUCAAACUGAACGGGAGCCUCAUCGUCAGCGUCGAGAAUCUCGGCAGGACAGAUGCAGAGGACGGUGGUCGCGCAUACACGAUCGGCCCAUUGCCUUGGAGUCGGCAUUACUCUCCUCUGAUCGGGCGGAUAGCGGGCACGAAGAAUACAGAGCAAGGCAAAGAUGGAAAAGAGGUGCAGAGAUACAAUUUCCAAUCUGUGCAAAUGCAGUUACGUGGACCUGUCCCCGCAGAUCUCUAUCAUCGAUACGUCGAAUUCAGACCAUUUGUGGCCGGCAUGUUUACGGCCCAUACUAUUCGCGGUCGCCUGCUCAAUCGUGCUUUGCACCACCAACAUGCUCGUAUUUACAACUAUGAUAAAACUACCAAGUACGGUGUCUUCCAAGAGCCCUGUCCCGAGAUGACGAAGCUGUUCCUCGACAUGGUAAAUUAUGACGAGGGGGGCCGCAUUUUUACCUAUGUCUUGACGUUGGAUGGGCAGCUCCGGUUCACAGAAACGGGCAAGGAAUUUGGGAUCGAUCUGCUCAGCAAACACACCAUGCAUAGCGACGUGAGCAUCUACAUCGCAUUCAGUGGCGAGUUUUUCAUUCGCAGAAUCAAACAUGCAAAGGCACACCGGAACGACGACAACGUCCAUCCGAGUGAUGAGACACACCCUCCAGCAACGCCACCGGAAGAAGAAAGAGACAACAUCGGCACGAGCAGCAGUAGUGGCGGAGGUAGCUCCAGUCAAGCCCAUGACGCACAGCCUCUGACAAACGGCACAGCUACCUCUGAGAGCAGGGAACCGUGGCAUUACGAACUCGUCAUCGACAAUGAUUCCGGGACGUAUCGACCCAAUGCGGCGAAACUCCCCCUUCUUCGUAGCUACCUCACGGAAAACUUCCCUGGCCUCAAGGUUCGAACGCUCGACUGCCAGGCCGAUGCGGAGGUGCAACAGAAGCUGAAAUCCGAGCAGCGGGAGAAGAAGAAGCAAUCCCGUGGGGGCAAGCAGGUCAUGUACCUGCAGAAUAUGAGCUUGAGCAGUCUGAGCUCGAGCGAUGAAGAGGAUCUCGCCACCCGUACUGCUGCGGACGAUGGCGGGCAGAUCCACGAGAGCCGAUACAAGCGGGAGAUGCACAAGUUUAUGGACGGAGGUCGGGACGAGCACCACGGCGACGGCAACGACGAUGAGCAUUAUCAUUCUGGUGAUGGGAUCGACGCAGAAAAAGGUAAAGAGAAAGAAGUACCUGCAAACGAGCCGGCCACUGCUGGGACCGAGAGGUAG